AUAUGCGCCCGGCUCUCUAAAGCUACGGCGGCACCCCAUUUUCUACGCCUCCGGAACGUGCGCAGUCUCCUGACGGCUAAGUGUGCGGCCGCGGCACCGCCCGCUUUUGAACACUACCACUGCGUGAUCUGAAUAAUCUACGGCUAAGCGUGCCAAUAAUAUCACCGGUUAGAUUAUCAAUCAUCCUGCCUGUAGGAGUAGAUUAGGCUGCUGUGCUGUGGACUGUCUGUGGAGGCUGGCUGGCUGGCGGCUAAGGCCGAACAAGGCAAUAAAAGCGAGCGCAGUUAGGUAAAGGGUGUAGAAAAGAAAGGCAGAGGGCGGGGAGGGGGCUAUAAAAAAAUCCCGUGCUACUGCCCUAAUUCCCUUUGGACUUUGGCGUUAUAUCCGUCCUCGAGCCCCUCCCGUCCCGUCCCGGCCCUCGCCCUCUCUCCCGACCCCGCCUGAUUCCAGUGGCGCUGCUGCUUCUUCUCCGCCGGGACAGACGAGACACACGCUGGGUAAGCACGCUCUGAGUCUGAGUCUGAGGGACGUCCCCCCCUCUUGUUUGCUUCCUUGUUUUCCGUGGGAUUUGAGCUCUUGCUUGCGCUUUCCCUUGGUUGGGACGGGGACCUACCUAUGCAUCGAUCGACUUCUCCCUGGCAUGGAAAUUUGUUGAGGAGUUCUUUAUCUCCGGUUGAUGUUUGAGUAGUUGAGUUGAGUUGAAUCGAGUUGGCUGGCUGGUGUGCGGUUCCGGUUUGGUUCGCUGUACAGUGUUGCGGAGGAGCUAGCGGCGGAGGUGCUUUCUUCAUCAUGGAGUCGCAGCAGCAGCAGCAGCAGAUGGAGGCGGUUUCUGCGCCGGCCGCCUCCACGAACGGGGGCGGGGAGCUGAUCGGGUACGUGGACGUGCACGUGCGGAGCGCGCGGGACAUCCAGAACAUCUGCAUCUACCACAAGCAGGACGUGUACGCGCGCCUCUCGCUGCCGGGGGAGGGCGCGCCGGCGGCGUCCACGCAGGUCAUCAAUGGCGGCGGCCGCAACCCGGUGUUUGACCAGUCCGUGCGCGUCGGCGUGCGCGCGGGGGACGUCGACGCCGCGCUCCGCUGCGAGGUCUGGAUGCUCAGCCGGGUCAAGAACUACCUGCAGGACCAGCUGCUGGGCUUCGCGCUCGUGCCGCUCCCGGACGUCGUCGCCGCCGAGGGUGGCACGCUCGCGCGCGAGUUCCCGCUCUCCACCAACGACCUCUUCCACUCCCCGGCCGGGUUCUUGGAGCUCGAGCUCUCGUACAUCGGGGUCGUGCCCGAUGUCAUUCCCGUCUCGCCCACGCCCAAGCCUGCGCUGGCCGAUCCGGAUGAGUGCGAGAACGCCGGCGGCGGAGCCGGCGCUGGCGCAGGGAAGGACUACGAGAACAUGGAGUUCCCUGACAUGAAUCUUGUGGAGGAAAACCAGAUUAUGCUCUCGGAAUAUGUUGGGCUGCCGUGCACGGCCAUGGAAACGCAGAGCUCCGAGAGCCUCCUGACCUCGGAGGACGUGGAUGGCGCCGCCACCGAGUCCCACGACGCUGGCGUGCGCGUCGUGCAGAGCUUCUCCACGGACUACAGCACCGCCGACUCGGCCGGCGCCUUCCGGAGCGAGACGGCAGCCAGCAGCGUGUCCACCACGGAGUCCCCGGCCGCGGCCGUCCCGGCCACCCCGCAGUCCAACCCGUCCGAGCCGUCAGGAAACGCCCUCUCAUCAGCAGGCCAGAAGGAGAAGGCCUCGGACGCGGCGGAGGUCGAUUCGUCUCCCACCGUUCAGGAGAGCCCGGCGGUGAACUCGCCCAGCACCGUGUCUGAGAACGCGGUGGACAAGCCGCCGCCGGCGAUGAGCUUCAACUUCGCGGAGGAGGUGCAGGUGAACCAGAAGGAGAUCAUGGACAUGUACAUGAAGAGCAUGCAGCAGUUCACGGAGUCGCUGGCCAAGAUGAAGCUCCCGCUGGACAUGGACAAUGGCAGCGACAAGAGCGGGAGCGGCCCCGCCGCCGCCUCGCCCACGGAUUCCAGCGGCACCGACUCGAGCGCGGCGACGAAGAAACCGACGGCCGGGGCUGCGCAGGAGAAAUCUCCCAAGGUGUUCUACGGAAGCCGAGCCUUCUUCUAGUUCUAGGAGGAAGGAAGCCGGAGUAGUGCCGCCGGACGGACCCCGGACUAGAAGAUGGCAUUUGCAGCCAUCCGUCUCAGCUGAAAACUUGGUAGCGCAGAGGAAUAACACUUUUCUCAUGCUGUUGUUUUACUUAGGCUUCGUCAGAUCCCAAGACACAUGCGGAAAUUAGCUGCCCUGUAUGUCUUACUUUUAAUGUAUCGCUACUCUAAUGAGAAAUGCUUGGCUUCUUUUGCUUGAGUAUA